UAUUAUUUAGAAUACGAAUAGUCUUUAGAUAAUUAGUGAGUACAAGCAGUGAAAAUAUUUCAAAAUGUCAGAAGAAAUAUUUAAGUCUAUGAAUGAUCAAGUCUAUGAGGCAAUUAUUAAAAUUGAACCACCAGAAUAUUCAACAGGGGACAUUAAACUCGAAAUUGAAGAUGAAUUUGAUGCCCUUGAUGUUACUGUUAAAUCUGAAUCGUUUACUGAAGACGAUGAUACGUGUUUAGAAAGAUUCAUGAAUUCCGAGGUGACAAUUAAAGAUGAAGUCAAACAGGAGUCUUUUGAUUGUGACAUUUGUAAUCAAUCAUUUGCAGAAUCGCAUCAUCUAACAAAGCAUAUGGUCGAUCACAUGCCUAGCGAUAGUAAAGAACAAGCCAUCAAAUGUGAAAUCUGUCAAACGACUUUCAAACAAUCAUUUGCUUUUAAAAAUCACAUGCACUAUCACAAUGAUAAUCCUCAAACGUCACGUGAAUGCAAAGAAUGCAAUAAGACAUUCAGUAAUUUAAGUAGUCUGAAAAGGCACAUGCUGAUACACACUGGUGAGCGUCCCUAUGAAUGCAAUGUAUGCAAAAAGACAUUCAGAAGUUCAACUAGUAUGAAAGUACACAUGCUAAUACACAAAGGUAUACGUCCCCAUGAAUGCAGCAUAUGUAAGAAGACAUUCACACAUUUAAAUAGUAUUAGAAAACACAUGCUCACUCACAAUGUUAAGCCUCAAACGUCAUAUGAAUGCAAAGAAUGCAAUAGGACAUUCAGGCAUUCAGGUAAUCUGAAAAAACACAUGCUGAUACACAAGUCGAUUCAUAAAGAAGCCCUGUCCUAUGAAUGCAAUAUAUGCAAUAAGACAUUCAACCAAUUCCGUCGUUUGAAACAUCACACGCUCAUUCACAGUGGUGAACGCCCCUUUGAGUGCAGUUUAUGCGAUAAGACAUUCAUGGAAAGAAAUACUCUAAAAAUUCAUAUGAAAAUUCACAAUGAUGAGCGCUCCCACAAAUGCAGUAUUUGCAACAAGACGUUCAAACAUUCAAGUACUCUAAAAGAGCAUAUGAAAAUUCACAGUGGUGAGCGCCCGCAUGAGUGCCAUAUAUGCAAGAAGACAUUUAGAACUUUAAGCAAUAUGAAAAGUCAUAUCUUGUUGGUGCACAAUGGAGUACGCCCGUAUGAAUGCAAUAAAUGUAAUAAGACAUUCACACGAUCACGUCAUCUAAACAAUCACAUGCUGAUUCAUAGUGAAGAGCCUCCUUAUAAAUGUGAUAUAUGUAACGAGGAAUUUACUCAAUCGAAUGAUUUGGGGAAACACAUGGCACUUCAUAGUGGGAAGAGUGAUGAAAAUCAAUGAAAUAUUAAUCCAAAUAUGAUUGUUUUAUAUUGUUAUUUUUAAUGAUACACAAAUGGUAUCACAAAUCAAAUUAGGUAUUAUAUAAUGUUUGUAAUAUAACAAAUGAUUUUGU